GGAGCCGCCACCCGCCAGGCACCAUUGCUGGCCGAUAACAAUCAUAACAUUACAAUUACAUGAAGUGAUGCAAUAACAAUAUAACAUUGUGGCCUGCUUGCGAAUGUGCAUACUAAUUCAACUCGUGUGUCGUUUAUAAGUAAUUAGUAAAAUAUUGCAUAGUUUCAAGUUUGCUAGUAACAAGAAAUUGAAUUUUUCUCUUCCGAAAUAUCAAGUAAGGAAAGUUCCUGAAGAACCAUGAGUUCCGGAGACAAUUCAGAAGUACCUGUUGAUCCCCAAAAAACCGAAAAGGUGGUGAGAAGUCAAUUUUACGAUGUAAUGGUCAAAGUGGAUGCCGACGUUUAUUGUUUGGAUCGAUUACAACUGGCCUGGAAAUCGGACUUCUUUGAGAAAUUAUUUAACGAGCAGUCUGACCAAAAAGAAUGCAGUUCGAUAGAGCUAUCGGUAAUGGAUACCAACACCUUCUCUGCCAUCGUUGAUAUAAUAUAUGGACAAUCGUUGACGUCUGUCUUGAACCACGACAAUUACGUUGCUUUAUUAAUGGCCAUGAAUCACUUGCAAAUGGAGAUCGAUAUGGAAACUUACGCAAGGUUCAUUGUGAAAAAUUCCGCCACAGAUGUUGAACUAUUCAAAUUAUUCAACUUCGUGCAGGAAAAUCCGAAUUUGCAGCGCUUGUUACCGGCAGUUUUCAAAUCUCUAUCUGUUCAUUUGGUGAAAAUUCAACAUAAUGAAGAUUUCUUACGUUUACCGCUUGACGAUAUUAUCAGAAUAAUUAUAAGCGAAAGAUGCGCCGUAAAGGAGAAAGAUAAGGAUAAGGAUAUAGAUACGCCAACCAUGAGUCAAAUUUGCUCACAAUGGAUCCAUCACGAUUUGCAAAGCAGACUUCCUCACUUAGCAAAGCUCGUGAAUGCUGUCAGACGAAGAUUUCGUCGUGUAACCGAUAUAAAGGAUGAAGAUUUCAACACUGUAUUAACUGGUAUCGCCGAAGAAAUGAAUCCGGAAAUGACGAAGAAAGUUUUCUACAAACUUUUGAUUUGCCAUGGAGAAAUAGAUUCGAGUACUUGGAGUUUAAUUUAUGCUCCUCAGAAAUCGAUUGAUUCUAAAGGGAAAAAAAGGAAUAUGUUUGAUUUCGACGAUGAGUUCGACGAUUAUUCCGACGAUUAUUCCGACGAUGACGUUAUGACUACUCGAAGAAAAGAAGUUCCGAUUGAUUCUACAGAAAACGAACUAAAAAAGUUGAAAACACUUGUAGAAAACCAUCGUUUCCACGAUAUCGUUGUGACUACUGGAGAAAAAGCUUACAAACUUCAUCGAUUCAUGUUGAAUUCAGCAUCUAGCUAUUUUGCUGAGAUUUUUUCCGCCAAGCAGUACAGCGUAGACGCUCAAUUUGCAAAAGCAUCAACUCUGCAACAGAUUAAAAGUAACGAGUAUUCACUUCUCGGUGUUGAUCAAGCGACAUGUGACAUGAUCUUCGAAUACAUCUAUUUCGAUAAAUUGCAAUUGACAUCUGAAACGAUAAUUCCUGUAUUCAAAGCUGCCAAUACUUUGAAAAUGGAAAAAUUACUCGCCGAAUGUUUAUCGUGGACGAAGACGAAGAAGAAUAUCGAAGAAAUUUGUGCGAAGGUUCUCAUCGCUGAUGAAUGUAUUCGUAGAUCGUGGGUACAGAAGAAUAUUGCUGAAAUUUUUUCAAAACUUAUCAGCGAACCUGCUACAGCCGAUACGUUGCCUCUCUGUUACAUUUCUUUCGAUAUGUUGGAGGAUUUACUUUUGUCAUCGUUUCAUUGCUGUAAUGACCCGCAUAAGAUUUUAGACAUGUGUUCGAAAUGGGUUCUCCACGAUGUAAAGAAUCGAUAUCACCUGAUACUGAAAAUCGCCCUCGCUAUUAAUCGCAAUCGCAUUACGAAGUACCAAGAAUAUAAAAUAAAACUGCCUACAGAUUCGAACAACUGCUCGGAGGAAUCAAUCCGAAAUGAAUUAUGGAAAACUUUGAAUUCUACUACGUUGAUUCCCUCUGUUGGAAAAAUGCCCCAGUGCAAUGAAAAGAAAUUGGAAGAAAUACCUGUGUUUGUCGCAUGGACCCGGGAAACGUCUACUAUUUAUGUUUUGAACGCCAACUUGGAACAAAUUGUCUCAUUGCGUCUUUCAUUUGAUUCAGAAAAGCGAAGUUACAAUGAUACCUGUUAUAUAACUGCGACUUUAAUGGAUGACAAUUUAUUCAUUAUGUUAUCGUUGAAUGCUGAUUAUUCUGUUCCUGUGUUCAAUGUAUAUAAUUUAUCUUCGAAAAAGUUCAUCUCACUGAAUAGCUGCGCAAAACCUGGAGGAAUUUGGUAUAACGAAUGCACGCUGCUGAAUUGUCGCGGCCAAGUUUACUGUUGUUUUAAUUACACUGGCCAGGUAUUGAAAUAUUCGACCGAACUAAAUCGUUGGAUGAUACAUUCGACCGAACUAAGGAAUUGUAUUAAAUUUACGAGGAAGACGAUACAUUUGGAUAAAAACGAAAAAUAUGUUGAGGGAGUAUUGUUUACAAGCGACGGAGAUAAGUUGUACAGAUUGUAUGCUGAAGUUGAUCAUGAGCAGAUGUUUAGGCCUUCGCACCCGAAUUCAAAAUACGAAUAUACUGUGGACGAAUUCGAUUUUCAACAAAAUGCGUGGUUGCCUUUGUCAGAUUUGUCAUUUACACUGUCCAAAGCGGUAAAAGAGUUCACUAUCAUCAAUGGCAGUAUGCUUACUGUGUUAUUACCAUCAUGCUACAUGACAUUUGACCAAAAUUCAAAACAAUGGAAUGAGUUUCCCAUGACGGACAAUAUUCUUACGCGGAUUCAUUCGAACUCUUUCACUGUAGUUCAGUUUGAAAAUGAACUUUUACACGUGUGCCUCAACAAGCUGUAUCAGUGGUCUGAAGGAAAUCUAACUUGGGACUUGAAAAAAGAACUCCCAUUAAGAUUGAAAUCUGAGUUAUCCGAUGGUUCAGAAAAUGGUCGCCCUUAUGAUUGCAUUUCCGCCAUUCUGGGAUCUGAAUUAUCCGAUGAUUCAGAAGAUCGUGGCCCUUAUGACUGCAUUUCUGCCAUUCAUAAGCGCAGUGUUCGUACCGAUUAAUGUAAUGUAUCUAUCUAUCUAAUGUAAGCUUAUUAUGAUAAAAUAAAAUAGAUAUUCAUUUCUGUCUUGUUUACAAUUAUGGAAAUACUUAUUGAUUUAAUUAUACCUUUCGAUUGAA